AUGAGACUCAAUGCAACCCAGGCCAUCAGCACACCAAAGCUCCUACUAGUUCCGUACAGUGCUCAUCAUGUCCCGACAUACCACACCUGGAUGCAAGACCCAGACCUGCAAGCCGCCACCGCCUCUGAGCCACUAACGCUAGGAGAAGAAUAUGCCAUGCAAAGAUCCUGGCGCGAAGACAAGGACAAGUUGACUUUCAUCGUAUGUCGACCUAGAGUUCACGAGGCGUCUACUGAGUGCGUGCGGGCGAAAGUGGACGAUGCACCUGAGAGGAUGAUGGGCGAUAUCAAUCUCUUCCUUUUCGAACCUGAUGACGAUGACGAGGACGAGUACGAAGACGACAACAGGACCAACCGAUCCCAUACAGCAUCAGCGAGGAAAGCCGUGAUCGGCGAAAUCGAACUCAUGAUAGCGCGAAAAGAAAUGCAUAGACAAGGCUUCGGCCGCGCAGCUCUAGAAACGUUCAUGAUAUAUAUCACCAUGAAUUGGCCGGCCAUAUAUGAAGAGUUCACAGAUCAGGCCGAUGGUGGACGGCGUCCAAGUCUGGCAUACCUACGAGCCAAGAUCCAGCAGACGAAUGUCGGCAGCAUAGCCCUCUUCGAAAGCAUAGACUUCAAGCCGGUCGGGACUGGUGAGCCCAAUUACUUCGGCGAGCUUGAGCUGAGAUGGCAUUGGGAUGGUACUGAGCCCUUGUCUGACGAUUUGAAGGCUCAUCGCGAACCAUCGAGGAUGCUAAGGUACGACGAGAGCGCUAUGUGA